AGCAGAACUCGGUAGUGCUCCAAUCGGGUAGCGUGUGGGCGGGCAAUGUGAGUAAACACAAGGGGGACUGACAAAGCGGCGGAGGCUCUAUGCUUCUGGGCGGAGAGCGAGUGAGAGCGGAGAUUGUCAGAGGAGGCUACCGUUGAGCCUUGGGGGGGUGGGGGAGGACGAGACACAUUCACACUGUCAACCCGGGGACGAGGCCGGGCCUGCGCCUGCAGUACGCAACACAACCCAGGAAAUCAUGGAGCUCGAGAAUAUCGUGGCCAACACCGUGCUGCUCAAGGCGAGAGAAGGAGGUGGAGGGAAGAGAAAAGGCAAGAGUAAAAAAUGGAAACAGAUGCUGCAGUUUCCCCAUAUCAGUCUGUGUGAGGAGCUACGACAGACCAUAGAGAAAGACUACCACAACCUCUGUGAGAAGCAGCCCAUCGGACGCCUGCUGUUCCGGCAGUUCUGUGACACCAGGCCUGAGCUCGCACGCUGUGUCAGAUUCCUGGACGCUGUGGCCGAAUAUGAGGUCGCACCAGAUGAGAAGAGAAAAGAGUGUGGGCAGCAGCUAAUAGACAAGCACCUGAACCCCAGGUCGGAGGAGCAGGUCCCUGAGGUCCCAGAGGAGCUGGCGUGCAGCUGUGCUGAGAGGCUGGAGCAGGAGGCCUGCAAGGAGCUCUUCAAGGAGUGCAACAAAUUGAUCCAUGGCUAUCUCAGCGUGGCUCCCUUUGCGGAUUACCUUGACAGCAUGCACUUCAACAGGUUUCUGCAGUGGAAGUGGCUCGAGAGGCAGCCUGUGACAAAGUACACUUUCCGGCAGUACCGAGUGUUGGGGAAGGGAGGCUUCGGAGAGGUUUGUGCAUGUCAGGUGCGAGCGACAGGGAAGAUGUACGCCUGCAAGAAGCUGGAAAAGAAGAGAAUCAAAAAGAGGAAGGGGGAGUCCAUGGCUCUCAACGAGAAACAGAUCUUGGAAAAAGUGAACAGUAGGUUUGUAGUGAGUUUGGCCUAUGCCUAUGAGACUAAAGACGCCCUGUGCCUUGUCCUUACACUCAUGAAUGGGGGAGAUUUGAAGUUCCAUAUCUACCACAUGGGACAGGCAGGCUUUGAUGAGAAGAGAGCUGUGUUCUAUGCAGCAGAGCUGUGCUGUGGGCUGGAGGAUCUGCACCGGGAGAAGAUUGUGUACAGAGAUCUGAAGCCAGAAAAUAUUCUUUUAGAUGACCACGGGCAUAUCCGCAUCUCUGAUUUGGGGCUGGCUGUUCACGUGCCAGAGGGGCAAACGAUCAAAGGCAGAGUUGGGACAGUGGGAUACAUGGCCCCGGAGGUGGUGAAAAACGAACGCUACACCUUCAGCCCUGACUGGUGGGCUCUGGGCUGCUUGAUCUAUGAGAUGAUUGAGGGCCAGUCCCCCUUCCAGCAGCGCAAGAAGAAGAUCAAUCGCGAGGAGGUGGAGCGGCUGGUGAAGGAGGUCCAGGAGGAGUACUCCAGCAAGUUCUCGGAGGAAGCCAAGUCCCUCUGCAGGAUGCUGCUGGAGAAGGACCCGAUCCAGAGGCUUGGCUGCCGGGGUGGCAGUGCUGCAGAAGUGAAGGUGCACCCGCUCUUCAAGUCCAUCAAUUUCAAGAGGCUGGAGGCAGGCAUGCUGGAGCCCCCGUUCAUUCCCGACCCCCAGGCUAUCUACUGUAAGGACGUGUUGGACAUUGAGCAGUUCUCCACUGUGAAGGGGGUGGAGCUGGAGCCCACGGACAACGACUUCUACAGCAAGGUCUCUACCGGCAGCAUCCCCAUCCCCUGGCAGAACGAGAUGAUUGAUAUGGAGUGCUAUAAAGAGCUCAACGUGUUCCAUGCAGAUGGGGCAGUGCCACCAGAUCUGGACUGGAGGGGCCAGCCCUCCCCAGAGCCCAAAAAGGGGCUGCUGCAGCGACUCUUUGGGAGGCAGGUAAGUUUGCGAAGAGUGGUGGAAGAGGGGGGCCUUCCUGUUUCUGUCAGGCUCGUGUACCUUUCUACAAAGAUCUACAGAACCGCUUUUUCAACUCUGUGGGAUUGUACAGCAUGGGAGUCUUAUUUCCAUCCCUGCAAUUGUAACGUUUCCCAUUAAUAACAGAGCUGUCCCCCCACCCCUCCCCCUGCAGGACUGCUGUGGAAACUGCAGCGACAGUGAGGAGGAACCCACCAGGCUGUGACGAAGACCCAAGCGGGCCUGCCCCGCGCUGCCCAGCCCCCCACCCCACGAAAAAAGCAUUCCCCCCCCCCUCGGUGGAGAGGUAUCCGCACCGCAAAAGGAUUCAAUUUGUUUACAAUUUUUGCACAUUUGUAUUUAAGACGAUUCUAUAUAUAUAUAUAUAUAUAUAUAUAUAUAUAUAUAUAUAUAUAUAUAUAUAUAUAUAAAUAUGGGAAUGUAUAUUUUCAGUAUAUAGCCAUACAGUAAAUGUUAUUUAAGGAAAAUAAUAGUGAGGUAUGGCAACAAAAGGGAGUUCAGCCCUGAUGAGUUUCAAACUGCGCUCCAUGUCAUCCAGUUUACAGCACUGAAAGUGUGAGGAGCCUUGCAGGACUGUGGUAUCCUGAAGGGUUCAGUACAGUGUUUGUAUUGAACGGUACCGCAGUACACUGUUGUGGACACACCAAUACAGUGGAUUGAUCCCAAAACCAUUGCCUUCAGUGAUAGCUGCAAGACGCAUAUCCUACUAAUGAACUGGAAGUCCAUGGAAGAGAGAUUCCACUUGUCAUAUACUGUCUGGUAGUCUGCAUGCGAUAGCUGCUGGGGACAGCACUGGAGAGACUUCAGGUCCCCUGUAGAGACAGUUAUGAUGAUGGUGGUUUGUCAGUAACCGGUGCAUCCACAUAUCCUUCAAAUGGAAAAGGACAACUAGAACUAAAGCAUAGUCCAAGGGGUGUUACAUCAACUCAUUUAACAAAAAAAACAACAAGGUGUUUUAAAGAAUUAAUUGAAAAACAUUUUGAUAGAUAGAUGGCAUAUAACUCUUACUAAAAUGCAUUACCACCAGGUGUGUUAAGAAGAAAGCUAUUGUACAUAAUUGAACCAACCCUCCUGAAUGAAUCAUUAACUGUCCACUCGUGUUGGAUGUUGAUAUUGUGCUCGUAAUUAUGAGAGCCGUUUACUGUAAGCAUUACGCUUCUCUUGCAUGCAAUAGCGAAACACUGCAGUUCUUUUCAAAGGGUAUGGACUUACCAGGGUUGGACAAGAGAUCAAAAAGA